CAGUAGACAGACAUGUUCUAGUAGCGAAUGUGAAGGAAAGUACAUUGCAAAUUUCUUUGAAAAUUUACCAACAUAAAUAAUGGGUAACGUUUACGCUGCCGCAUCCCCUCCUCCACCCAGUAUGCCGCUUUCUCCCCCAAUAUUGGCACCACCGCCAAUGACCAGUGCACCCGGGGAAACGGCUCCGCAACCGCCGUCAAAUGCAGACGAUAACAACCCUGGCACUUAUGAAGACCUUCAUAAAAAAUGCAAAGAGUUAUUCCCACAGAAUUUUGAAGGAGGAAAACUUAUAAUAUCAAAAGGUCUCAGUAGCCAUUUCCAGAUAAGUCAUACGAUCAACAUGAGUGGGACAAACCCAGCCUUAUCAGGAUACAGAUUUGGUACAACCUACAUAGGAUCAAAGCAACUUAGUCCCUCAGAGGUCUACCCAGUCAUUAUAGGGGAUGUGGAUGCCAGUGGAAAUCUCAACGCCAACAUCAUUCAUGCAUUUUCUGAUCGAUUAAGAACAAAAUUUGUUUCACAGUUCCAAGACAAUAAAUGCGCUGCUGCCCAGGGAACAUUGGACUAUAAAGGGAGUGACUACACUGCAUCACUUACAGCUGGAAAUAUAGACGUUAUAAAUAACUCAGGUAUCUUGGUUACACAGUACCUACAAACAGUAACUUCACGGUUAGCACUUGGAGGAGAACUAGUGUAUCAGUUUGGUCCACAGAUUCCUGGCAAACAAUUCACUGUGGUAUCAUUAGCAGCACGUAUAACAGGAAAGCAGUGGCAGUUAACUGGAAACUUUUGUCCUACUGGUGGGGCUGCUCAUGCUUGCUACCACCACAAAGUUAGUGAACAACUUCAGAUAGCAGCUGAGGUGGAGACUAGUCUGGCCAGCAAGGAAAGUGUUGGCACACUUGGUUACCAACUAGAAAUACCAUCAACAAAUGUUACUUUUAAAGGCCAGGUAGAUACUAAUUGGUCUGUAGGAGCAACGAUGGAGAAGAAAUUAAUGCCACUUCCAUUCACCUUUGCCCUUAGUGGCAUGGCAAAUUAUGCGAAUACACAGAAACCUCAGUACCGCUUUGGUAUAGGACUGAUAGUUGGGUGAUAAAUCUGUGACAGUGAUAAAGACUACAUCAUUAUUUCAUUUACAGUGUGAUAUAAGUAACAAAUACUGAAGGCUGUUCUUACUCUUAGUGGGCACAUGUUUGAUCUAACGAAUAUUGAUAAAACUACUUUCGUGUUAGUUUUAAAUGAUGCGAAAGCUGAUUGGAUUUCUUGUUGAUGCAUGUACACUGAAGUGAUGCUCACACUUAAGGAUAUACCUGGUGUGUUUGGAAAUCAGGUUUACAUGGUAAAUAGUUUUCAAAUCUUGAAUUCAGUUUUAUGUUUUCAUCAGAAACUUGUCUAUUUUUAAAGACAGAGAAAGUGUGGUGAAAUAGGAAAUUGUGUCAAGAUUUUUAACUUAAAGUUUGAUUUUACAAUUAGUAGUAAUCUUACAGAUGAAAUCUGAGCAAAACAGGAUAAAUCUGAAAGAAUAAUGUUGAAAUCCUUCUUUAUUUGAACAAUGUAAAGUCAGCUUGUAGUUUGAUACCAACAGCUACAUUAAACAAGAACUUGACCAGAUACAGUUUGUGUAUUGUUAGGGUACAGAGGAUAGGUAGAAUCUGAAAGGUUUAUCAUUAUGGAACUGUUUGGAAGGCACAGGAAAUGUAAUAAGAAAGUGCUAUCCCAUACUUCAUACAGGUAUUUCCAUCUGAGGUUGGAGUAGACAUCAUUAUACCUACCCAUUAAAAUAAAUGUGGUAAAAAAAACAUCAUGUCAUCACUUUAUGCAAUUUGCCAGGGAGGUUUCAUCAAUUUUACCACAUAACACCAACAUUAACGGGUGCAUUCUCUUUACCUUUACAAUUUUAUGGUAGGAAAGUGUUACAGAAAAUCUCUCCACUUCUAAGUGAUGUUUUGAGAAAUAUGAAAAUUUUACACUGAAGUGUAGACUACUUUCUAGACAGGUUUAUCCAUACUACUGUGGUGAACUUUCCUUGUUUCCUCCAUUACAUUACAUCAGGUAAUAGAUUUAUCAACAAUUAAUAGAGGUAGAACCUCAAAUGUAGACAUGUUACUAGAAAGCUUCAGAGAAAAAGGUUGUGGAGCACAUAUUUGAAGUAUAAAAAUGUUCAUUUGAAUUGACCAAAACAAUUGGAUUGUAGGCCUGUAUGAUUUUAAGAACUUGUCAUUAUAAGCAUGUAAAAAACCAACUGCCGCAUUUUCUUUCAAUUCAGGGAUUUGCAUUUUUCUAAAGUUUUUUACAUGAAAAUUUUGUUGUGUGAUGACAGUAACUGUAGUUUCUGAUGGAGUAGCAUUAUUAAAAUCUUGUUGUAAAAUUUAUUGAGACCUCCAGAGCAUCUACAUCUUUUUAAACUUGUGAUUGUACUGAAGAGAUGAGGACUGAUCUUGUCAACAUCUAUUCCAGUGUUCAUGUAACGAUACUUCAUUAUGAUAAGCCCGAGUCUGACAGAGGAGUAGCUUCGACAGACAUGUUUGUGUAGAGAUCUGUACAGCUUGUUUAUAUGUAUGGUUUGUUAGGUAGCAAACGUGUGGUUUGUUUGACAGGUUUAGACAGAAUCAGAAUAUUUUAUUUCCUACAAUGUUUAAACACUUCUAAAGAAUGUAUCUAUGGCAGCUGAUGUUAUUACAGUGUUAGCUUGAGUAGAUACAUUACAAUAGAUAUGUAAUAAUGUCCAAUACAUAGUCCAAAGGCACAGCAAAAAUGUAGACGUGUAGGAUUUCAAAAAAAUAUUUAAGUACAAUGGAUAAUAACUUUUCUGUACUUAUAUACAAAUGCUGAACAUAGGGAGAAAUUACUAUUAUACACCCACAAUGAGUCUCUCCUGUUGUUCUAUACUAGACCUCAGAGGCAGCCUCUUACACACCAUCACAUCCAUUUUCAUGAACUGUCAGAUAUUAUCUCUUUAUUUACCUGGCAGAGUUUGAAUAUUUUUUGUAAAUGUGUAGUUUUGCAUGCAUUUGGUAGAAUAUACUGUAUACAUGUAUUAAAAUGAAUGUCAGACUUGUUCAUGAAUGGAUGAAUAUGAUCUGGGUAUACAAAUUAACUCUCAACAUUGUACAUCUAAUCCAUCAAUAUUUCUAUCUCAACCCUGUACUGGCCUCUGUUUCAUAAUCAAAAUUUAAAGAUUUUCUCAUAACAGUCUCUAAACUUUGCAUAGCUUACCUUGAUUGAUGCAGUGUUUUUUUUAAACAUCAACUUAACAUCUGGAAGAUUUUUACACGAAGAUGCAACUAAAAUAUUACACAAAGUGCUGGAUGUAUUUUUUGUGACUUUUAAGUCUUUAUGACGAGAAAAAUCUAUGAACACUCUCUAUGUUCCUAAUUCAUAAGUAUUCACCAUGAAUCUUCCACUGAGAUCAAGUCAGUUUUAUCAAAAAAAAAUUUUAAUAUGGCUGGUUGCAGAGGUGUUUUUUUUUUUUUUUUUUUUUGCAUCUGUGGUCACAUACGGUUUUACAAUAGAAAUUAAUUACAGUACUUAAUUAACUUACAGUAAUUAACUUACAGUAAUAACAACAAAGGAUGGCAUGUUUCUGGAAUCCUUGAACAUGAUAAGGUUGUCUGAAUAUUUAGAUCAAAUUAUUUAGUGAACAACUCACAUAUUGGACCCUAAUAUAUCUGGAAGAUUAUAUAUAAUAUCUUGACUCCUGUAUAUCUGGAAGGUCAUAUAUAUCUGACAGAUUAUUGCAGAAUACAUGAUGUAUAUGCAGGUGUAUCAUACUAUUUUGACUGUUACAGCUAAGCUUUUUUCUCUGUACAUAUUGGAAGUAUAUGUGUGUGAAUGAUUGUGAGAAGCCGGAUUAAAUGCCAGAAAUCAUCA